AAGAGACGAGGAGACGCGACACCGUGUACUUAUCAUGAUUCUACUUUACUAUACUCCAUACAUGAGGAUUUUAUAUACGAGGAUUUUAUAUACGAGGAUACUUUAGACCCGAGGAUACUUCCUGAGGAUAUUUACACAUGAGGAUACUUUACAUCUGAAGGUCCAUGUUGGGUCGUGGUGUGAAGCGGAAGUGGAGCUGCCUGGAGGAGCUGGAGGUGGAGAUGGUCCCGGCUGCAGUGACGGAGGAGAAGGAGCAGCAUGAGGAGGUGGAGUCACAUGAGGAGGUGGAGCUCCUUGUGGCUCCUCCCAGAUCCGAGCCGACCCACCUGCAGCAGCGGCAGCGGGUGCUCGGCCUCUGUCUGGAGAAGCUGCAGCGGGUCCAGGUCGGGAUGGAGCUCAGCCUCCGCCGCUCGGUGCUGCUCAUCAACACGCUGCGGCAGAUCCAGGAGGACAUGCAGGGCGACGGGGGUGGAGCCUGCAGCCCGGACCCUCCCCUCCACGGCGUCCACCCGGACUCCCGUCCUCUCAGGGAGGAGGGGCCGGUGACAUGCCCGGGGUGCGCAGAGGAGGACAGGGACGACCUGCCUCUGUCUCCACCGCUGUCCCCCGAGUUCUCCUCUCAGGAGGCGGACAGCUCGGCCGACCAGCAGAAACCCCCCCCCGCCGCCGCCACCAUCAGUGCUUUCAGUGAUGCAGUAAACGCCAUGGGCUACCUCAGCGACCUCACGCUGGACGACAUCUUUGAGGACAUCGACACGUCCAUGUACGAGACUUCAGAUCUGCCUCCCGCGUGGUCGACCAGCUCCUUGUGGCCCGUGAGCGCGUCGCUGUGGGCGGACGAGGACGUGAAGAUGCGCUCGCCAGGCCACGGCUCCCCAGGGAGUCUGAAUGAUCUGGACCACAUCAUGGAGAUCCUGGUGAGGUCGUGACCUCCAGGAGGAAGUCGUGGACGUUUACGACAUUUGAUCGAUCAAGGACGAGCAGCUUCUCAAACACUGACGUGAGGGUCGAUGAUGAUGUUCCAUUCAAGGCUCCAUUUGACAUUUGACAUGAAAAUGAGUUUUGCUGUUGUGAAGGAAACAUUCAUUUUAAAACACGUUGCGUUGUUUUUCUGGCGUCAACCGAGAGAAACAGACCAAACAUUCAGGUGGAAAAAUCCAGAAAAAUCGGACAAACGAGAGAAUCUGCAGCUUUUCUCUGUAUUCUACUGUUUCACACUUUCUACUGAUAUUUUAUUGACCAAAUGAUGAAUCAGUUAUUUAAGCAAAUAUUCUAUAAUUGUCACUUUACAGCAGCAGACAGAAAGUCCGGCUUCAGGUUGUCUUUUGAGUAAUCUGUGAAAAAGGAACAUUGCAGCACCCGGAAGGGAAGUGAUGUAACGUCGGCUCGAAGCCAUUGAACAGUGUUCAAAUGUCAGAAGUGGAUUUUUCCCCCUAAAUCAACAAACGCAGGUGGAAUCUGAAACGUCUCGAGUGUUAAUGUCACUUUUCUUUGUUUGUUUUGUUUUUUAAAUUAAGUUUUUAUGUUAGUGAGUGAAUCCUCUGCUCAGGAAGAAGGAACCUGAGCCGCCGUGGCGUGUGUGUGUUAGUCCGGCCCCGGGUUGAUUAUUAAUUGAAAUCCCUUCGAUUACUUGAAGAGGGUUUCCCUUCGGCUCGGGGACUUGAACGCACCGUGUAGGAUCCUUGAAGCCGAAACGAGCGUCGACUCAAACCCACGAACGCCCCGCCCACGUCCAAUCACAAGAGGAGCUGGUCUGGCUUCAUUCUUAUUUAUGAAUGAAAAGCCGCAGCAGAUUAUAUUUGUGAAUUUGUCGUUUGUACGGGAUCGACUGUAACUUAUCGUUUACGCGGCGUGACGGCGGCCAUUUUGCUUUUGUUGACCCCUCCUGUGGCACCGAUCGGGACGAACUGUACAAGUAAUAUCCUGUCACCAUGACGACGCCACGUGAAUAGCUACUCCUCGUCGGCAGCUGGUGUUUUCAAAUCCAACUGUUUAUUUAUAAUGUCUGCUUCUGACCGAGGAGACGUUCGCCUCGGGUCGACCACGACCUCGACCACGACCUCGACCCCGCCCACGACCUCGCCAUGUCGCAGAAUUGUAAAUGACAGCAGAUGCCUGUGUCGUGUUAUGGCCUUGGUCAUGUGAAUUUUUAUUGUUAAAUGUUUUUCUAUGUGUUUCUACCUGAAACUCGCGUCUGAGAGAUAAAGAGAUCGGAAGGUCGCGACGAGUCCAGAUGCUCGACCUUCACUUCCUGUGGUUUACUCCUGUUCUACCUCCGUGUGUCAGUGGACCCGGACUCUCCCGUGACUCCGUGUUACUGGUGGACUCCAUCUGCAGCUGUUUGUGAACUGGGCUGAUAAUCCAACGCCACGCUGGACGACCAAAGUAAUCCGUCCUCGUCUCUGGUCUCAUGUCCACAAUGUGCCUUACUACUGGUUUUCUAUUAUUUGUGUUGGGCCGUUUGUGGCCGUUUGGGCUCGAGCCUCAUUGAUAAAACAACCGAAGAACAGUGGGGGGGGGGUGUUAUGUAAAAGCACCGAGCCUCUGAACCGUCAUUGUUUCCUGCCUCUUCUCGGCCCUUUUGUUUUUUCUCUGCUCGCUGCCGGCGUUUGAGCUUAACGCUUCCUGACAGGGAACGAGCUGAGGGAGGAGGUGGCCGCCCGGGCCAGGAGGGAGAAACAAGCAGUGGUGGAGGAG